AUGGUCCUUGUCCAAAUAGUAUGCGACGAAGAAGAUAUAGUAACAUUGCUACAGCAUCCUGACAAUGACCUCUGGAAACGCAGCGAAUACAAUGCAGACCUUCAGAGAAUGAUAAACACCAGCUACGGAGCCUAUAUGGCGACUAUGAAUGAAAUCGUCUAUCUCUUCCAUAGUCUGGAGGAAAAGCUGAGCACCGAUUCCCUGCCGUCGAAUACGAUGCGGAAUUUUAAAAGGAUCAGUGACAUCCUGUCCAAGGGGUUCUACGAAACGCUUCUCAACAAGAUCAGAGCUGCAAAUCAAACACUCUCUACCAUCACCGAACAAGUCCACAAGUUGGCUGAGGCUCGGAAAACCCGUUGGCCGAACCGAGGGUUAUUGCAUGACUACGCCAAGAUCAGACGGCAUGCUCGCAGCGUGUACGAUACAUUUGUGUGUGGCAAUUGCUGGAACUGUCCUUGCAAAUCGGAACACAUCCUUCAGCUGCGUCUAGAGAACCCGCCCCCAAAGGUCAUGCUAGUGGGCCAAAACUGUGCAGCAUCCCGAAACGCUGUACAAGGCGUGAUCGUCAGUGAGCCGAAAGGGGUCCGUUUCAGUCUUGUCAAGUCAACCCUCGAGACGAUCCCGUGGCUGAUGAAGGACGACCAUAGUCAACAGAUUCUUGACAUCUGCGAUGCUCUUAAACUCUAUCCACACGAAGGGUCGAAGCGCGAACACGUUGGCUUUCUCACCGAUGAUCUCAAUCGGCGUCGGCAUGAUAUUUAUAUCGUCGGACCGACCAAUCCACUCGGACCAUCAAAAGCAUUCUCGCCGAUCAUUCUUUAUCUCCAAAGUCAACGAAGCAGACGGUAUCUUGCGGCUAUUUUGGCCUCUGUUUUCCAGCUCCACGGAAGUUGGUUGGAACCGCAAUGGGGCCUCAACGAUAUCCUGCUCGAGUCGCAAGCAGACUACUAUUCCAAAAUUUUGAUCAGUCUUCCGUAUCUCUCUCGAGCUCUCGUUCAUGCAGCCUUAAAAGCUGAGGCCCGAUCCCCUCGCAAAAUGAUCAGCCCAGCCCUGAUCAGAAGCAAUGUUCUCUUCCCACUCGGCCUUGCGUUGGUCGAACUAUCUCUUGGACAGCCCCUCGAAGUACUAUAUGAGACUGAAGACCAUGAUGCUAUCGAAGCGGUGGCUAAUCUCAAGACCGCGCUUCGGGUUCUGGACUUUGUGCAUGAUAGAAGUGGGAGUCGCUAUUGUGAUGUAGUGAAAAUGUGCUUGCUCUGGACCGGCCCUGGUGGAGAUCAACUUGACGAUAAAGUGCUGCAAAGUGCGGUCUUUGAAAAGGUGGUCAUGCCGCUUCUGGAUGACCUUGAUGACUUUGAAGGAAACUCUUUUAUCCGUUAG